AUGGCCUUGCAUCUUGUGCCACCCCAGCCCAGCAGCGAAGAAUCUGCUUCCAAUCAAGGCGACUUCGCUGAGCCUUGCUUCGAUGACGACUCAUCUGAUCUCACCCAAGCUUCCAUUUCCAACCAGGGCUCUGUCACUGAAGUUAUAGAUGAACAUGACUCCCAAAGCGAGGACGAUGAAGCGUGGUUAACUCCUCAGAAUAUGGUCACUCUCAAGGUCCUCGGCAGCGAACUGUGUUCCAUGAACUGCUCGGGACAGCAUCAUCACUGUCUCAAGCGUCUCCCCCCUGGUACGAAACCUAUUAAGCUGGUGGGAGAGGGCUCAGCCAACGCCGUGUUUGAGAUAAAGGUCCCCCGCGGCGACCGUGCCGGACGUGACUUCAAAGGAUUUCUUUUGAGGGUUGCCAAAGUCCCAUCGCUCGGGGCUACCCCAACGUACAACUAUCUUUUGCAACAGAAAUUCCUUCAAACAGCCAUCAAACCUAUUCUGGGCGAUCAUGUAGUAAAUCAGGAGCUAGUUGUUCUUCACAAAACGGGCAUCGUCCAAGAGCUCAACAAUCUUCUUCGAGAUAUAAAUCACACCCGCAAGGACAAAUUCAAGGGCAGCUAUGUUGGCGAGACUGACUGGGGAUUUCUGGUGGAGGAUAUGAGACCGCAAGAUCCAGACACUUGUGUACUCGUCGAAUUCAAGCCCAAGUGGUUGUCUCAGUCUCCUAGUGCACCAAAGGAUGCCAUUAGGUGCCGGCAAUGCGCCAUGGAGCUGCGAAACCUCGUCAAAGACCUCUCGAGAAGCAAAGCGCGACCAGAACAGAAGCCUUGUCCUUUGGCUCUCGUCAGUCCGGACCGCCGCCCCUGGCAAGUCUGCUCCCCUUUCAGGAUGGCCCCGCAUCUUGCUGGCCAGGGUAACAGUGAGCUUUACCUUGAGGCUCUAGGAAGCAUCGCCACUCAUCCCGCUAUUCGCGAUUUGAAGGAACAACAAGACAUCCACGAUAAAAUUGGGCCGUUGUACGCUGACCCGUCGAAACCAUUCUUCCCCCUGGCAAUGACCCUUCGGGACUGCACAUGUUUCGCGCAGAUAGACAGAUGCACACAGUCUGUGCGGCUUAGAUUUGGUGACUUCGAUUGGAAGGACCCGCAAAUCAAAUUUGAGAGAUGGAGAAGUGUGGAGGAAGAGCUUAUAGAGAUGGGAUUUUACACAGCCGAAUGGAUCCUUUGCGAUGGCGUCUACUACCGACCACCGACGCUCUGUCUUCUGGAGCAUGUUCCGACGACAUCGAAAAAGGAUCUUGGCAUAAUCGAAAUUCGAGAUUCAAAGGAUGCUGCAGAAUACAACCGUCAGCAGCACCCAAAUCCCCCACAUAUCCCGGAAGGCACCAAGUUCCAUAGAUAUCAGACGAAUACUGCGGUGCUAAAAAGAAUUUUGGAACCUCACAAGAGGGACGCACCAGAUUUCACCAAAUCUGGACGACAAAAGAUGGGACUUUAA